UGGCCAUCCCGCUGGGCCCAGGGGAGGGGGCCGUCAGAGGAAGGCCCUUCCUGUCUCUGGGGAAUGGAACUUCCGCUUUGAGCUGAGAGCAGCAGGCUCCUGGCUCCUGGUCCCACUGCUGCCCAGCCCAGCGGCAUCACCGGACGCCAGGUUCCCAGGAGGUGGCUGAGACAGGGCGGUGAUGAAGACCCCGAGGGGCGGCAUUCUGGCACUGCUGCUGCCGCUGCUCCUGGGUCUGCUCGAGGUCUCCUGGGCCCAGAGCUGUACCGGACACCCCGCCAUCCCUGGCAUCCCGGGCAUCCCCGGGGCACCAGGCACUGAUGGCAUACCCGGGACCCCGGGGACAAAGGGAGAGAAAGGGCUGCCAGGGCUGGCUGGAGACCACGGCGAGUUUGGGGAGAAGGGAGACCCAGGGAUUCCUGGGACACCAGGCAAAGUAGGCCCCAAGGGCCCCGUGGGCCCUAAAGGUUCCCCAGGUCCCCCCGGAGCCCGCGGUGCCAAGGGUGAAUCGGGAGACUAUAAGGCCACCCAGAAGAUCGCCUUCUCCGCCAUGAGGACCAUCAACAUCCCCCUGCGGCGGGACCAGACCAUCCGCUUCGACCACAUGGUCACCAACGAGAACCGCAACUACGAACCCCGCAGCGGCAAGUUCACCUGCAAUGUGCCCGGCAUUUACUACUUCGCCUACCACGCCAGCUCCAGAGGGAACCUGUGCGUGAACGUCAUGCGGGGCCGGGAGCGCAUGCAGAAGGUGGUCACCUUCUGCGACUACGUCCAGAACACCUUCCAGGUCACCACGGGCAGUGUGGUCCUCAAGCUGAGCCAGGGGGAGAACGUCUACCUGCAGGCCACAGACAAGAACUCCCUGCUGGGCAUGGAAGGUGCCAAUAGCAUCUUCUCCGGCUUCCUGCUCUUCCCAGAUGCAGAGGCCUGAGCUGUGGGGCUGAAUCCCUUCCUCCCCCGCCCAACCCCCAGCAAUGCUCACUUUACCCCCAACACCACCCACACCCGGCCAAAGCACACAGUAGGGCUCCACAGAUGUUGCUGAGUGAAUGAGUAAAUAAACUCUUCAAGGCCCAAGGA